ACCCGUGUAAAAACGGAGGAACCUGCAUGGAGGAUCGCGUAGGAUCGCAUCGUUGUCGGUGCUUGCUUGGCUAUGACGGAAGAACGUGUGAUUCCUUCGUCCAGAUCCUUACCAAUACUUUGGAUCAGAAACGAGUUAUUUUCGCCAACGUUACAGACCUAUCCUUCUCGAGUCUCUACUCUUUUGACAACGUCACAAUUGAAUACCUUGCCUACGACAGCAUUUGCGACACACUUUAUUUCUCGAGCGAAAUAGGAUACGAGCUCUUCGAGAUAAGGGUUGCCGUCGGAUACAACGAAUCUAGAAUUGUCUUUGGGGAAUUGCAGUGUAUGUAUAUUUGA